AUGACAGACUCCAAAGAAGCCCUCCUAUCCCACAUGGAAAACAUCGACGCCCCCGAAUCCGACCCACCACCCGCCUACGAAAAACCUAUCUCCAAAGCCAACCGAGCAUCACUCCUCCCACGCCCACCACCGCUCAACCUCCCCAUCCUCAACAGCCUCCGCAGCAGGCGCGUAAUCCUCGCCUCACAAUCCCCUCGCCGCAAGCACAUAAUGUCCUUCCUGGGCCUCCCGAACAUAGAAAUCAUCCCCUCGAACGCAGUGGAAGACCUACCCAAAAGCCUAGGCCCGCUCGAGUACGUGCUAGCAACAGCGACGAAAAAAGCCGAAGCAGUCUACGCACAAGAAAUCAACAACGAGGCCAAGGGCGAGCCGGCCCUGAUCUUGGCCGCUGACACAGUCGUCGUCGACCCGUCUACAGGCACGAUCCUUGAAAAGCCCCGCUCCGAAGCAGACCACGUGGCCAUGCUGCGCUCGCUGCGUGACGUCGGAAACCAUAAGGUCUACACGGCGCUUGUGGCGAUGGCGCCGUUGGCUAGUGCGCGGGACCCGGGGUAUGCGGUUGAGAGUAUGGUUGAGGAGACGUUGGUGCGGUUUGAUGGGGAUGUUACGGAUGAGUUGAUUCUGGCUUAUGUGCGCACGCGCGAGGGCGCGGAUAAGGCUGGUGGUUAUGGAUUGCAGGGGCUUGGGUCUAUUCUUAUUGAGAAGAUUGAGGGCAGUGCUGAUAAUGUUAUUGGGUUGCCGCUCAAGGCGACGCUCAAGAUUAUUGAGACUGUUAUGGAGAAGGCGGAUGAUGAGGAUGCCUUUUCUGGGGAUGAUGGGGAGAUUGAGGAUGAAUGA